CCCAUGCUUUCGCGAUUGCGCAGGAGGCCAUGGCGUCGCACGGACACAAGAACGGAAACACCCCGCGUAGCUGGAACGAGCGACUGUUGAACAUCCAAGAACACAUGAAGGGCCGUUCUAAAAUCGACGGCUCCUACGAAAUAAUCAAGUCGACGCCCAAAAAGAAGGACUGGGAGUGUCGCUUGGACUUAAGCCAUCGGAAAGAACUGAGCACUUCACAAAGCAACGCCAAUGGAGUGAUCGACGAAUCGACACGACAGCGUUCUAAAGAUGCAUCCGUCUUACCUGGCGUUGGUCGCGAACGGGCCGUGCUGGUGCUGCUGGCGAUGGGCAACUUCUGCGUCGGCGCAAGCAUUUCACUUCAAGCGCCCUUCUUCCCUAACGAGGCGGAGAGGAAAGGAUCAAACUCCACCGAAUAUGGAUUCGUGUUCAGCGUUUUCGAGCUCACCAUAUUUUUCUUUGGUCCAAUUUUCGCUAAGAUUGUGCCGAUUGUGAAGCCGAGAUUCAUGUUAAUCUCCGGUCUAUUCUACGUGGGCGUGGCGUCUGUGCUUUUUGGGUUUCUGAACAAGUCCCCUCCGGGCGCCACAUUUCUCAGCCUGGCCAUCGCCACCAGAAUCGCUGAGGGCAUCGGUACAGCCGCAUUCCAGACUGCCGUCUUCUCCAUAGUAGCCGCCGAGUUUCCCAGUUCGCUGGCAACGUCUUACUCAAUCCAGCAAACGGUGUUCGGCGCUGGUCUCGUGGCUGGCCCAACGGUUGGUGGUUGCCUUUAUCAGAUUGGAGGCUUCAUGGCGCCGUUCGUGAGCAUAGGCGUCCUCCUGCUCGUAUGCGACCUUCUCGUCUACUUCCUCAUGCCAGCCACUGAGGGACCUAACGAUCUGGACCAGAAGACAGGAGACAUGCUCAAGUUCUGGGGCAACACCGGCAUUCUUCUAGACGCAUACUGCGUCUUCUGCACGUUCGUCAUCAUCGGUUACAAUGCGGCCGUCUUGGAGCCUCACCUCAGACAGUUCCAUUUGGAGCCGUACAUGGUUGGCUUGGUGUUCGUGCUGAAUGGCACUGUUUACGCCUGCACUGCCUGGAUUUGGGGAAAGGUAGCCGACAAAACGGUUCGCACCAAAGAGCUCUGCAUUUUGGCCUGUCUCCUUCUGUGUGCGAGCUUGCUAUUGGUCGGACCUGCCCCGUUUCUGCAGCUUCCGACAGCCGUUUGGACCGUGAUGCUGGCCCUCGGGUUGUUCGGCCUUGGCUCUGGCGGAACCAUCGUUCCCUCAUUUGUCGGAUCGUUCCGGGACACUUUAAAACGUGGAUUUGCGGAUGACUUGUCUACGUAUGGCUUGGUGUCUUCUGUCUUCACUGUGUCUCAUUCAAUGGGAGCAUUCGUUGGGCCCACGCUGGGAGGAUACCUUCUAGACUCCGUGGGAUACCGGAUGGGCACCAUGGUCCUCCUGGGAAACGAAGUCCUGCUCAUACUCGCGCUGUGCAUCUACGUUGUGGUCCAUCGCAAGCCUUCCAAGGACCAGGAACCCCUUCUCAAGGAAGUCACGUGACUUAACCGCUAACCGAGCUUUCUUACUAGAUGAAACACGUGUUGAAAGUUGUUAAGCGGGCGCGGUUUUCUCGUUUUUAGAAGCUUGUAAUCUUUACCGUUUUACAGUGUACAUUAAACAAACAUAAUGCGGGACCA